UUAAAGUUGGAUAUUUCCAGCUAUCCUCAUAUAAAUAUUCGUAUGGCCACGAAGGGUAAACGGCCUCUGCGUAACCUUACGCCCAUUGAUAAAAUCCAAGCAAUACAACGAAUCCACGAUGGGGAAUCAAAGGCAUCUGUUGCGAGAGAUAUUGGUGUACCCGAAUCAACAUUGCGCGGAUGGUGUAAAAACGAGGACAAGCUUCGGUUUAUGUCAAGGCAGUCUAUGGCAGACAAACUCUGCGCUGAUGCUUUGUCAGAUAAGCUUGAUGGCACAGGAAUGCUCCUUGCUCCUCCAGAGAAACGUCAACGAUUGGACACAUCCCUGCCACUUAACUUUUCCAACAAAAUAAAGUUUGACGACGUUGCAUUCAAGCGAUCUCCCAUCAAUAGUUUUGACUUCAAUACAAACAAAGGCUUAAGUGACUUGAGCUAUAACUCUGAUUUUGUAGCUUUCAGCGGAACCAGAUCAAUAAAAAAUAAAGUCUUCGGCGCGGACAUAGCUAGAUCCUCCGACCCAUCUCUCGCCGCCAUUAGCCCCCUUUCGAGCCUUACACACCUUUCAGGUCUUAGUGGCAUAUCACAGUCUCCACUAGCCAUUAGUUUCAAUGAGUUGACCUCGAAUCUCAAUUUUCUAGCCCAAAUAAAUCCCAACUUAACAAUGUCUGGGAUCAACACUUUUGGAACGACGACUAAUACAACGCGUUCCGCAAAGACAAAAACACAAUCGCAAGGGCAAAGUCCACGUAGUGAGAGCGGAGAACAAUCUGGACCAUUACUAUCUGUUAAGAAUUGGGCCAAGCAAAAAGACUUACCAACAACACCUGGAGAUGGCAGCUCAAGUCUUAGCAUAAUUGAACAGAGUGAUGCCAAAUGUGGAAAUAUUAAAACACCUAGCCCAUCCCUGGGAUCAUCGAUUAUGAGCGGUGGACCACCGUUAUCAGGUCUGCCGGAAGAACCCCUUCUUUACUGGCUUAAAUCACAACAGACAAUAUUAGAACUCAGCAAUCUCUACCCACCACCAGUUGUAGUGGCAAUUAACAGCCCUCCAAUUCGCUCAUCCACACCGCAGCAUCAUAGUCAUCAAACCAACACAUCACCCUUACCUUCAGCUCCACUAACUCCAUCAUCUACGCCUUCUGGCAGCCUCGAUGAUAAAAAUACUGCAUGGUAUAAUUGGUGUAAGGCGUUUGGGGCUAGCCUGCAUACUCUUAAUCCAAAUGCAGCGAGUCUUGCUGUAUUGCAGGCGAAUUCACACCAGCAACAAGCAUCCUCAUUUUCGAUGGAUGUUCAAAUGGCUGUCAACGAAUCUAAACUUCCAUUCGAAAACAUUCUUUAUUCACACCUAACAAAGGAAUCAGGAACUUCUUCAGCGCACAGCUCACCUCUUAAUGGGCAAAUUGACCAAAGUAAUGCGGAUACCAACGAAGCCCCUAGCAAGCCCGAAGAUCUGUCAGCCAAAUCUAUGAAAUCGUUAAGUCUCAAUACUAGUCCUAUUUCGGUAUCAGAACAAGGUCCAGUUGUGGAUAGUCCUGCUGCAAGCCCCGAGCCAAAUAUAGGAUUGCAUUCUGAAACCGAUGCUGCCACCUCAGAUCUCAACAGUACUCCUGAUAGCGACGGCGAAGAUUGCAAAGACUUGCUAGGUGAUAUAUUUUAUAAAAGAAAUAGAAUUAUUGCAAAUGCGUCAAUACGAAAUGCUGUAACACCUUUAUGUGUUGAUAGGGUUUGUGAAUCAGAUGUAAGCUUCGCUAACGAUAACUAUCAUCACAACAAUAAUAACAUCAGCACUAGUAACAGCAACAACAACAAUUCAAAUAAAACUGAUGAAGAGGAACGGUCAAACAAUUGUUAUAGUCACUCUGAUAUCAAUAGUGAGGACGCGGCGGCUAUAAGACAUGGUGAAAAGUUCCUUCGGUGGCUAGAAAAUUGCAGCAAUCCACGUGUGACUGCAGUUCAGUUAAUGCAGUUAAGGUUUCUUAUUGCUGCUAUAAAAACAAAUUCCGAACAAAGCCUGGAUAAAAACACUUUCAUCGCCUCGAAAAUGAUGGGAUUGUGCCAUUCAGAAAGCCAUAAUUCUCAGGAGGAGACUAUUAGAAAUAAAACACGUCGUCGUAAAUAGGAACAACCUAAAUUGGUAUCUACGGAGCCAGUUGCGGAUACUGCAUAUAAAAGCCAACAAAAAAGCCAAAACUCAACUCUCCAUGCCCUUAAGUUAACUGGGAAAGAAAUGGAACGGGUAACAAUCUAGACUUUUCGACACACAGAAGAACUCUACUGAAUACCAUUAUUGUUGACUUUGCUCCACUUGCUGUCAUUUUCGCAAUACGGAUUCGUACACCGCGACCAAAAAGAUAAUU